AUGAGCCAGAAAGAAAAAGAAAUGGAGGACAGCUCCCCACCACUCUGUGUCACCUGCGGCCAAUCGCAUUUACCAGAAGAAAACCACUUGUACAGCUACACCGAAGAGGUGGAUGAUGAUCUGAUAUGCCACAUUUGCCUGCAACCUUUGCUUCAGCCGUUAGACACGCUCUGUGGUCACACCUUCUGCACAGCCUGCCUUACAAACUUCCUCGUGGAAAAAGACUUCUGCCCCAUGGACCGCAAGCUUGUGAUUCUCCAGACAUGCAGGAAAUCCAGCAUACUAGUGAAUAACCUCCUGGACAAGCUAAUGGUUAGCUGCCCUUUCACAGAACACUGCUCAGAGGUCGUGCAACGGGGUCACCUCGAACAGCAUUUCCAAACCCAAUGUAAAGGAGCAUCCCACUAUGGCCUUACUAAGGAACGGAAGAGGCGUUCCCAAGACUGCUCUCCAGACCAUGGCUCCAGCUUAGCAGUAGCUGCCCUGGGCCCUGAGCUCUCAGCAGCUGCAGCCAUCGCCUUAAUGACAGAUGAGCCAGGGCUGGUGAACCCAGCCUUCAGCCCCACCUCGGAGGACAGCCAGUUGGGCAGCAGCCCUGGAGACCUGCAUCGCAGCAACCGGAACAGAACUCGACACUUUGAACGCUCUACCAUAAGAAGCAGAUCUUUUAAAAAAAUAAACAAAGCGUUCAGUGUUCUUCGAAGGACAAAAAGUGGAAGUGCUGUUUCCAACCAGACUGACCGGGAAAGGGAGACUGUUGGAAACUCUGCUGCUGGAGAGGAAG